AUGGCUUCAGAAAACCCAGCGCCGCGCUCACCCAGUGCAAGCCCAGCGCCAGAGAUGAUGCUCUCACCGAAAUCACGAAUCGAGGCCCGUCUGGCUGCCCUCGACACAAGUUCCGAGGAUGACGAGCCCAAGCAGGCCGGCCGCAAGAGCAAAUCACCUCCGGCGCGUAUCCAGGACAGCGACUCGGAAGAAGAAGUCUUCUACCGCCCCAGAGGACGCCUCGCCGCCCAGCUUCAGGGCGGCACUCAACCAGCAGAUUCAGACGACGAACCCGAGACCUUCCUCGACCGUAUUCAGAAACGACUAGGAUCUUCUGGCGAAGACGAGGAACAAGACGCAGAGGAUACAGCCAUGGGAGAUGUAGAAGACGAAGACGACGUUCCCGUAGCACCACGAAGGCUGCAAAGGAAGCCCGUUAGAGAAACCACACCACCGCCAACCCAGAACCCCGUGGCGCAGUCUAGUCCUGGACUCUUCGUGUCUCCCGACCACCAAUCACCGAUAAAGUCUGCCAACUUGGCAGCGGCCGACGACGGCUCCGACUCCGACGCGUCGCUCCCCUCGUUGACCAAGAGCGCCAGAUUCCAGGCCCUCGUUGAGCGCAAGCGACAAGAGAGACUGGCCCGUGAGGCGGAAGAGGAGAAGAAGCGCGCCGAGCGCAUGGAGCGACAGCAGACCACCAACGUCGACCUCUUUGACGACGACGACGCCGGUAAUGUCUCCGACACCGACGAUGAGGACGGCAGGAAGCUUAGCCAAGCCGCAAGGCCAGCAAGGAAGGCUGGCAAGAAGGCCGUUGAAGAGAUGCAGCGCGAGACGCAGCGCAUGGCGCGUAACAUGCAGCUUGCUCACGAGGCCAAGACGAGAAAGAAGUUCACAAAAGCAGACUUCCUCCAGCGCUUCAACUUCGGAGCCUUGGCGAAGUCCGACCCCAAGACUUCGAGCUCGAGCCGUCCGACUACGCCGAUCUCGGCUCACCAGACCGACGCCGAAAUGAAGGACCCCGAGACACCCCCUAGUUCUCCGCCCAUUGCGAACAACAUGUCUCCUGCCAAGGUCCAGGAAACUACAGCCGCCGUUCCACUGCCCGGUGCCUCUGAUCCUGAUGAGUUCUCCCUUGACGAUCUUUUCGAGGCAUCGCGGAGACUAGACAAGGGAAAAGAAACGGCCGUUGCGUCUCCCCAACAGACCCUCGGCAAAGACGGCAAGUCUAAACGCCGUGUCCGUAUCAAAUUGCCUACCAUUUCAGCAAACCAAGCAUUCAUCGACCUUGACGACGACGACGGCAAUGAUUUGGAGAUUACUGGCGGGAAGAAAAGCAAGCUUGACGCCUUGUUCAGCAGGGUUCCUGACAGAAAAGCCAAGGAAUCAAAUUCUCUUCAUGCCCUGCGCCGCCUCGCUCAAGUCGGUUCACCCACCAAGGAGAGGAAGCGAAAGUACGAGAAGCCUACCAUCACGGUUGGCCAGCUACAACUCAACUUGCAGCAACGAGCGCGCCAGCAAGCCAAGAUUGAGCGCGAGAAGCGUCUAGAGUACCUCAAGUCGAAGGGUAUCGUUAUCCAGACUGCAGAAGAACGCGAACGCGAGAUGCAGGAGGUUGAGGAUAUUGUCACCCGGGCUAGGAGAGAAGCCGAGGAGAUUAUGGAGCGUGAGCGUCAAGCCGCCAAGAAAGAAAAGAAGGAAAAGAGGAAGAACGGGGAGCUUGACGCCUGGGAUGACAGUGACGACGAGGAGUACGAAGCCUCCGAUGAGGAAGCGGAAGGAGGUGCUGCAGUAGAACUCGAGCUCUCUGGUUCUGAAGACGAGGAGGCCGAAGAUGACGACGCUUCUGACGCGGAGGUUGAAGGCGUCGCUCUGUUCGACGACGAGGCCGACGACGAUAACUCGGAGCACCCUGAAGCUGAUGUCGAAGCUCCUAUGAAGGAUGACAACGAGUCCGAUGACGACUUGGGCCUCCCCACAAGAAACACCCGUCGCUCGAAGAAGUCCCAGGUCAUUUCCGACGAUGAGGAUGAGGACAGGGUCGAGGCGACGCCCAGACCAAAGACUGCGACUCAGCGCUCGCCUAUUGCACCCAACACCAAGUCGCCUGCUGUCCCUACUUCAGUCCUGCGUUCUGCAAAGAAGACCUUCAUCCCUGGACUUCCCGUCACGGGAGCAGCUGGGCUAGGCCUCACCCAGAUCUUUGCUGGCACUAUGGACGACAGCCAAGAAGCUCCUGGCACCGCGUUCUCUCAGUCGCCUAUGCCGGACUUCGAUAGCCUCCCUGACUCCAAUCUCAUUGGCCUCACUCAACGGCAUGACAGCAUGAUCCUCGACAGCCAGAUCGGUGACACGCAGAGAGCUGAGACGCAGCAGGACUCUGCGGAGGGCGUGCACCUUCACUUUUCCCAGUCCCAGGUCCAUGCUUUCGAUAGUCUAGUGCGCGACGAGGGGUCUACUCAGAUCUCGAUCGACGCUACUCAGGACAAUGGUCCGCAAAACUACACGCCUCUGAGACAACGCUUCGUCGAGCCUCCUAUGUCCACUGUUGGAACUGUGGUUCUCGAUAACGAAGCGGAAGCCGACUCGGUACAGGACUCGCCUCUCGUUCGUAGAGGUAAACUGCGCCGUAAGAUUGACGUCGCGGCUGCGGUUGGUCAUGAUGAGGACGAGGACCCCAGAGCCAGUCCCGAGAUGGACGAAUUCGGCUUUAGGACAACUGCCUUUAACGUCAUGAAGGAGGCUGUUGAAAAGCAGAAGAAGCUCAGAAAAGCGGAGGACUACAACCGCAAGAAGAGCAAGGCCAAGGAGAUGGUCGAGGACCAGGCCGAGGAGUCUGAAGACGAAUAUGCCGGUCUGGGAGGCGUAGACGGCGAGGACAGCGAUGAUGACGAUGCUGCCUCUGUCAAGGAAAUGAUUGACGACGAGGGCGGUAUGACUGCUGACGAUGAGCGCAAGCUCGCUGCUCUUUAUGCCGAGCGUGAGCGUGCAAACGAUGAGAAGAUGGUAGACAAGCUGUUCCACGACGUCACAACGGGCAUGCUCCGCCGCAAGCGCGGCGCUGACUACGACCUCUCAGAUUCGGAUGAUGAUGGUGAGGCCCGAAGGCGGCUGAAGCGCCGUCAGUUCCAGAAGAUGCAACAGGCCCUCUUCACCGAUGAGCGCAUCAAGAAGAUUGCCGAGAAGCCUGGCAACCAGGCCUUCCUCCGCACUCUCGAGGACCGCGACAGCGACGAAGAGAUGGAUUUCCUCGACUUCGCGCCGGAGCCGAUGGAGACGGAGGACUCUCAGUCUCAAGAGCAACAGCAACAAACGGUGCCGGACAGCCAGCCCACGGCGCAGCGACAGCCUGUCGGCACCGACGCGGCCAACAGGCCGCCCGCCAACAUGCGCAGGACCAAGGACGGUAAGAGACCCGCCACCCUAGGCGAGAUCCGCGAGUCCGUAUCGAGCCUGCUCGAGGACAUGAACGAGGUCAUCCCAGCGACGGAUCCAUAUUCGGACAGUGAGCCUGAUGACGAGGAUGCCCGACCGUCGUCGUCACGGAGCAAUAAGGAGAACCACUCCCCAGGCAAGAACCCUCGCCGCACCGGGUUCCGCCACCAGGUCGUCGACCGGCUCACCCUCAAACGCCAGUCCUCGUCCACGAUGUCCACGACAUCCGCCGCCGUCGCUUUCGCGAUGCCCAACGCUACCGCGCCUUUAGGCGGCAGCUUCAAGACCCCGACGCUGCUCCGACGCGCGACGACCAACUCCUCGGUCCUGAGCUCGCAAGGCAGCGGCGCAGGCGGUGCGUCGGGCGUCGCGCCCUCGGCCUUUUCCUCCCGCGGCGGGGGCGGUGGCGGCUUCGGCGAUGACGGCAAGAUCAAGAAGAAUGCGAGCAAGCGGUCCGGCGUUAGCGCACUGGCGAGAGAGAACGAGCGCCGCGCGGCGGUCCAGGAGAGCGAGAAGCGCCGGGAGGCGAAGAAGUGGAAGGGCGCGGAGAGGCGGCACCAGGCCGUCAACGGCCUCUUUGGGGCGGGCAAAUUUGAGUGA